CAGCUGGAGACUGCGGAGCGUUGGAAAUGACGCUCGGAGCUUUAAUUACCGCAGCCGCCGGACAAGUGUGAGGAAAGCUGAGAGGGAAAAGCACGGGAUCCGGGGAGAAGCAAGACGCUUCUCCCCUCUCCGCCCCUUCCCUCCCGAUUUGGACUGGAGGUUCGGAGAAGCAGAACAAGGAGCCGAACAUAGCCCGGCUGGGGGGAGAGGCCGGAAACCUACCGCCUCUUUGCAAUCAACUUUUUUUGGAAACCUUUUUUUCCCCCCUUCCUCUUUAUUGUUGACCAACCAGAGAGAGAGAGAAAGUGAGGAGGGAGCGAGAAAGCGAAGGCUCACACGGAGAAAUAGCUGCACAGUCCGGCCCGGAGCACCACGCGCACACACUCACGCCCCCCGCAACUCCCGCCCCGGCCCCCGCGCGCAAGGACUCGCUCACCGGUCCUCGGAGCCUGUGCACCGCGCGCGCUGCCAGCCAGCCCCGCUUGGGCCCCACGCGCGUCGGGCUAAGGGAUCUCCUUCGCUUGCCAGAGAGGGGAUAUGCCAUUUGGACAUGUAAUUGGCAGCACGGGAUCUGAGACUUCCAAAAAUGAAGCUGGCGGCGACAAGACUGUGGGUCUGGGUGAGCCUUUUCGUGGCGGCGGGAACCGUCCAGCCCGGCGCUUCUCAAUCAGUGUGUGCAGGAACAGAGAAUAAACUGAGCUCUCUCUCCGACCUGGAACAGCAGUACCGAGCCCUGCGCAAAUACUAUGAGAACUGUGAGGUAGUCAUGGGCAACCUGGAGAUAACCAGCAUCGAGCAUAACCGAGACCUCUCCUUCCUGCGGUCUAUUCAAGAAGUCACGGGCUACGUAUUAGUGGCUCUUAAUCAGUUCCGUUACCUGCCUCUGGAGAACUUACGUAUUAUUCGUGGGACAAAACUUUACGAGGAUAGAUAUGCCUUGGCAAUAUUUUUAAACUACAGAAAAGAUGGGAACUUUGGACUUCAGGAACUUGGGCUGAAGAAUUUGACAGAAAUCCUAAAUGGUGGAGUCUAUGUAGACCAGAACAAAUUCCUUUGUUAUGCAGACACAAUUCAUUGGCAAGAUAUUGUUCGGAAUCCGUGGCCUUCCAACUUGACUCUGGUGUCAACAAAUGGUAGUUCAGGAUGUGGACGUUGCCAUAAGUCCUGCACUGGCCGAUGCUGGGGUCCCACAGAAAAUCAUUGCCAAACUUUAACAAGGACGGUGUGUGCAGAACAAUGUGAUGGCAGGUGCUAUGGACCCUACGUCAGUGACUGCUGCCAUAGAGAAUGUGCCGGAGGCUGCUCAGGACCUAAGGACACCGACUGCUUUGCCUGUAUGAAUUUCAAUGACAGUGGAGCAUGUGUUACUCAGUGUCCCCAAACUUUUGUCUACAAUCCCACCACCUUUCAAUUGGAGCACAACUUCAAUGCAAAGUACACAUACGGAGCAUUCUGUGUCAAGAAGUGCCCACAUAACUUUGUGGUAGAUUCCAGUUCCUGUGUGCGCGCCUGCCCUAGUUCCAAGAUGGAAAUAGAAGAAAAUGGGAUUAAAAUGUGUAAACCUUGCACUGAUAUUUGUCCAAAAGCUUGUGAUGGCAUUGGCACCGGCUCAUUGAUGUCAGCUCAGACUGUGGAUUCCAGUAACAUUGACAAGUUCAUCAACUGCACCAAGAUCAAUGGGAAUUUGAUCUUCCUUGUCACUGGUAUUCAUGGGGACCCUUACAAUGCAAUUGAAGCCAUAGACCCAGAGAAGCUGAAUGUCUUUCGGACAGUCAGAGAGAUAACAGGUUUCUUGAACAUACAAUCAUGGCCUCUAAACAUGACAGACUUCAGCGUGUUUUCUAACCUAGUCACCAUUGGCGGAAGAGUACUCUACAGUGGCCUCUCCUUGCUCAUCCUCAAGCAACAGGGCAUCACUUCUCUGCAAUUCCAGUCCCUGAAGGAAAUCAGCGCAGGAAACAUCUACAUAACUGACAACAGUAACCUGUGUUAUUAUCAUACUAUUAAUUGGACAACGCUCUUCAGCACUAUCAACCAAAGAAUAGUGAUCCGGGACAAUAGGAAAGCUGAAAACUGUACUGCGGAAGGAAUGGUGUGCAACCAUCUGUGUUCAAACGAUGGCUGUUGGGGCCCUGGACCGGACCAGUGCCUGUCGUGCCGGCGCUUCAGCAGGGGAAGGACCUGCAUAGAGUCCUGUAACCUCUAUGAUGGUGAAUUUCGGGAGUUUGAGAAUGGCUCCAUCUGUGUGGAGUGUGACCCCCAGUGUGAGAAGAUGGAAGAUAGUAUUCUCACCUGCCAUGGACCGGGACCCGACAACUGUACGAAGUGUUCCCAUUUUAAGGAUGGUCCAAACUGUGUGGAAAAGUGUCCAGAUGGCUUACAGGGGGCAAACAGUUUCAUUUUCAAGUACGCUGAUCAGGAUCGAGAGUGUCAUCCCUGCCAUCCCAACUGCACCCAAGGGUGUAGCGGUCCCACUAGUCAUGACUGCAUUUACUACCCAUGGACGGGCCAUUCCACUUUACCACAACAUGCUAGAACGCCCCUGAUCGCAGCCGGUGUCAUUGGUGGGCUCUUCAUCCUGGUCAUCAUGGGUCUGACAUUUGCAGUGUAUGUUAGAAGGAAGAGCAUCAAAAAGAAAAGAGCCUUAAGAAGAUUCCUGGAAACAGAGUUGGUAGAACCCUUAACCCCCAGUGGCACAGCUCCCAAUCAAGCUCAACUUCGUAUUUUGAAAGAAACUGAGCUCAAGAGGGUAAAAGUGCUUGGCUCUGGUGCUUUUGGAACCGUUUAUAAAGGCAUUUGGGUACCUGAAGGAGAAACAGUGAAGAUUCCUGUGGCUAUUAAAAUUCUUAAUGAGACAACUGGUCCUAAAGCCAAUGUAGAGUUCAUGGAUGAAGCUCUGAUCAUGGCAAGUAUGGACCAUCCACACCUAGUACGGUUAUUGGGUGUGUGUCUGAGCCCAACCAUCCAGCUGGUUACACAGCUGAUGCCCCAUGGCUGCCUGUUGGAUUAUGUCCACGAACACAAGGAUAACAUUGGGUCACAGCUGCUGCUUAACUGGUGUGUUCAGAUCGCUAAGGGAAUGAUGUACCUGGAAGAAAGACGGCUUGUUCAUCGAGAUUUGGCAGCUCGUAAUGUCUUAGUGAAAUCUCCAAACCAUGUGAAAAUCACAGAUUUUGGAUUAGCCAGACUCUUGGAAGGAGAUGAAAAAGAAUAUAAUGCCGAUGGGGGAAAGAUGCCAAUUAAAUGGAUGGCUCUGGAAUGCAUACACUAUAGGAAAUUCACCCAUCAGAGUGAUGUUUGGAGCUGUGGAGUCACUAUAUGGGAACUGAUGACUUUUGGAGGAAAACCCUAUGAUGGAAUUCCAACCCGAGAAAUCCCUGAUUUAUUAGAGAAAGGAGAACGUUUGCCUCAGCCUCCCAUCUGCACCAUUGAUGUUUACAUGGUCAUGGUCAAAUGUUGGAUGAUUGACGCUGACAGUAGACCUAAAUUCAAGGAAUUGGCCGCUGAAUUUUCAAGAAUGGCUCGAGAUCCUCAAAGAUACCUAGUUAUUCAGGGUGAUGAUCGAAUGAAACUUCCCAGUCCAAACGACAGCAAGUUUUUUCAGAAUCUCUUGGAUGAAGAGGAUUUAGAAGAUAUGAUGGAUGCUGAAGAGUACCUGGUCCCUCAGGCUUUCAACAUCCCACCUCCCAUCUACACCUCCAGAGCAAGAAUUGACUCAAAUAGGAGUGAAAUUGGACACAGCCCUCCUCCUGCCUACACCCCAAUGUCAGGAAACCAGUUUGUAUACCGAGAUGGGGGUUUUGCCACAGAACAAGGAGUGUCUGUGCCCUACAGAGCUACCACCAGCACAAUCCCAGAAGCUCCAGUUACUCAAGGUGCUACAGCUGAGAUUUUUGAUGACUCCUGCUGUAACGGCACCCUGCGUAAGCCAGUGGCACCCCAUGUCCAAGAGGACAGCAACACCCAGAGGUACAGCGCCGACCCCACAGUGUUUGCCCCAGAAAGGAGCCCACGAGGAGAGCUGGACGAAGAAGGUUACAUGACUCCUAUGCGAGACAAACCCAAACAAGAAUACCUGAACCCCGUGGAGGAGAACCCUUUUGUUUCUCGGAGAAAAAAUGGUGACCUUCAAGCUUUGGAUAACCCUGAAUAUCACAGCGCUUCCAGUGGUCCACCCAAGGCAGAGGAUGAGUAUGUGAAUGAGCCUCUGUACCUCAACACCUUUGCCAACGCCUUGGGGAAGGCCGAGUACCUGAAGAACAACGUACUGUCUGUGCCAGAGAAGGCCAAGAAAGCUUUCGAUAACCCUGACUAUUGGAACCACAGCCUGCCGCCACGGAGCACCCUACGGCACCCAGACUACCUGCAGGAGUACAGCACAAAAUAUUUUUAUAAACAGAAUGGACGGAUCCGGCCCAUUGUGGCAGAGAAUCCUGAAUACCUCUCUGAGUUCUCACUGAAGCCAGGCACUGUGCUGCCUCCUCCGCCCUACAGACACCGAAAUACUGUGGUGUAAGCUUCGCAGUGGUCUCACAGUGGAGAGACACGCCGCUCCCAUUUCCCUACCCCCUCUCUUUCUCUUGUGGUCUUCCUUCUUUUCCCAAGGCCAGUGGUUUUGACACUUCCCAAUGGAAGGUUUAAAGAUGCAAUGACAGCUAUGUGCUUCUCUAACUUGAACUUGAGAAGGAAGGACUGAAAGAGAAAGACAGGAGGAACCACACUGUUUCUUAAUUUCUCUGCAUGGGUUGGUCAGGAGAAUGAAACAGCUAGAGAAGGAUCAGCAAAUAUGAGGCAAUACUGCCUGCUGUCACACUAGUUCUCAAUUUUCUUUCCUUCCUUCCUCCCUUCCUCCCUCUUCCUUCCUCUUCCUUUCUUUCUAUUUACAUGCUUGAAAGACCCAUGCUCUCUGUUCCUAUACACAGGAAUUAAUGUGUACAUAUUUAGCAUCCCUGUAAAUCAUGAUAGAGUUUCCGUUAGAACAAGAGGAUAACCUUUUCUCUCACAUAUGAUAGUAAUUGAGAUUGAGAAUCGGAUUUCUUUCUCCAACAGUUUCUAUCCUGGCAAGUAAGAAUGGCCAACCCAGCUUUCAUAAAUUUUGAAUCUCUGUAAAAACUAUAACUAAUAAUUAUGUUUGGAGGUUUUUAGUUUUUAUUUUUGUUUUACUUUGGCCUGUCCCUUUAUAUUAAU